UCUGCUCUGCUCUGCUUACUCGUUACUCCUAUCUAUCCUGCUUACUCAGGAUUCUGCUCUGCUUACUCUUUACUCCCAUCUGCUCUGCUCUGCUUACUCGUUACUCCUAUCUGUCCUGCUUACUCAGGAUUCUGCUCUGCUUACUCUUUACUCCUAUCUGCUCUGCUCUGCUUACUCGUUACUCCUAUCUAUCCUGCUGACUCAGGAUUCUGCUCUGCUUACUCUUGAUUACUCUUCUUCAGCCCGAGUUACUCUUCUUUACUCUUCGCCGCUCUACUGUGCUCUCUCCUCUGUUCUGGUUACUCAGGAUUACUCUUCUUCAGCCCGAGUUACUCUUCUUUACUCCCGACCACGGUUCUUUACUCCUCGUUCUCACAGAUUACUCUUAGCUUACUCUCUGGUAGUUCUGCCUAGAGUAACAAGUACUCUAAGCUCACUGGUAGAUACUGUAAGGCCAAUGAGUAAACGUGAUUUAGUCGUCUGUCAUCUGCUAAGGUUUUACUCUCGCUAUUCUUCUUUACUCCUAGCCACUGCCAUUUACUCCUCUGGUCCAGGUUACUCUCCGAACUCACUGAUUACUCUUAGCUUACUCUCUGGUAGUUCUGCUUAGAGUAACAAGUACUCUGAGCUCACUGGUAGAUACCGUAAGGCCAAGGAGUAAACGUGAGAUUAGACUUGAACUACACGUGGACCGGAAGUCAUCCAAGAUGGCGGAAUUACACGUGGACCGGAAGUCAUCCAAGAUGGCGGGCUUUCAAGGGAUUGUGGGAACUGUAUGAUGCAACCGCCAACAUCAACGCUGAAUUACAAAGAAUCAAGUUAAAACCUUUCAAUUCUAUCACAAAAAGG